AUGGCGUCUCGCACUCUCCAUAUCUAUGAUCUUCAUGCUCUAGCGACAUUCACUGAAGAAUCGGGAGCCGCCCCUUCACCAAACAAACUCGACAUCGAGCCCUGGCAACGCCGCGAGAGCAGUCUUAAAUUCAUGACACGAGCUGUAGCAUGCAUGCCUAAUGAUGCCGGAUAUGCAUCCUCCAGUAUUGAAGGACGCGUGGCGGUGGAAUGGUUCGAUCCAUCGCCAGAAUCACAAGAUCGGAAAUACGCGUUUAAAUGCCAUCGGCAGAAUGUGGAUGGUGUGGACGUGGUGUAUCCCGUGAAUGCAUUAGCGUUUCAUCCAAUUUUCGGCACUUUUGCGUCUGGAGGUGGCGAUGGAGUGGUUGCGUUGUGGGAUGGAGUUGCGAAGAGAAGAAUCCGGCAAUAUCAGAAAUACCCGAGCAGUGUAGCCGCGCUGGCGUUCAGUUCAAAUGGAAAGUACUUGGCAAUUGGGGUUAGCCCGGGAUUUGAAGAUGGGAUGGACGAUAUUCCGGAGGGCACAGUUAAAGUAUUCAUCAGGGAGCUCGGUGAGACCGAGGCCAAAGGAAAGGGGGCGAAAUAAGAGUUGAAAGAACUGUUGAGCUUCAAGAGCCCCAGUGUCUAUUAAGAUUAUGAUUUCUAACUAAUGAUACUUGGAAGAUAAUACUUCUACG